UACUUUAGUUCAGUUAACAAAUUUUGUGAAUUUUUGCAUAUGAAUAGUGUUAAAUUAGCUUUUUUUGUUAAAUUAAAUAAUUUUUUAAGCACUUUGAACUUCUAAAUUCAUAUUAGUUUGCAUAAUUUUUAAAAAUAAAAGUUGUUCAGAUUAAAAAUCUCAAUGGAUACAAUAAACACUGCCAAGAGAGCAAAAAUAUCAGAAAAAUGCGAAAAUAUCAUGGAUUUAAACGACGAUUGUUGGUUAUGUAUUUUACGAUUUUUUGAAAUUCUGGAGUUAAUGGAACUUCGCGGGAUUUGUUGUCGUUUAGACCAUUUGAUUUUACAAAGUUGUAAAAGUUUCGGAACUCUGAUCUUUAAAGAUUUGCCAGAAACUUUGAAAGCAAAAUUCAUGGAAGUUCUCCAGUUCUUAGGUCCAGCUGUAAAAUCUCUUAGUAUGAGAGGUUUUGAUGAAAGUUACCUAAAUGUUGAACCUUCAGUGAUUUUAGAAUGGAUUGAUACUCAUUGCAUUAACUUGGAGACGUUUUUCAAUUCAAGUAUCGAUCUUCGUGAAUCCACAGCGAUCCAAAGGUUUUCAUCGCUGGUCAAACGUUUGAAAUCUUUAACCUUGUCAAACAUGUGCGAUGAUAGUUUGAGUAACUGUUUCGUAGAUACUUCACUUGACAAAUUAGAGGUUAUAGAUAAUGAAAAUGUCACUGAAAACUUUUUCAAACAUGUUUCGAAUUUGAAAUCUUUAAAAAUAUUUCUCUGCGAUAAGAUAUCACCGAACUCCUGCAUAGAAGUCUUAAGAAACAACUUAAAGGUACAAACUUUGUCAGUUUGUUUCUAUGACCCAACUAUUGAAGGCAACGACACCUUGUUGAGCUUCAUUACAAGCAAUCUGCACGAAAUUGAAGAUCUUGAGUUCGGUUCACUUUAUAAAAACACUUAUCGUUUAGCUGAAUUGCCAAAGUUAAGGAAGAUGGCUAUUGGACAAACAAAAAGUGAAGUUACAGUGGAAAUAACCCAAGAGAUAAAUAGUUUAAUCGAAAAACUGAGUCAAAAGAAUAUCAUUGAAGAUCUUUCGAUCAAUGGCAUUGAAGGUCACUUAAAUAUGGAUUUCCUCUGCCAACUGACCAACUUGAAGAAAUUAUUUUUAAAUGGAGGAGAAGCUCUUACCGAUGCUGAAAUGAAAAAACUGCAAAAGCUUCCAAAUCUUGAAAGUUUAACACUUUGGGAAGUUGAGAAUCUUUCAUCAAUUCUCACUUUGAUAAAAAAUUCACAAAAACUUCAACAUUUUGAAAUCGAAUGCAAUAACAUAAAUGUUGAAUUCGUUGACCAGUUGAUUCAGCUAUUGAUCCAUGAAGAACGCCCAAAAUUAACAUUUGUUGUUCCUUUUAUUUUUAUUGGUCAACAAUCUGAGAGGCAUAACCAACUGCUAGUAGACAAUAAAAACAUCAUUAACCUUGUUACUUAUUCUUCCGAUAUUGAUGAUCAAUAUUCCAUAAAUGAAGAAGAACUGUAAAUUCAUAAAUUCAAAGUUACACUAUAAAGAAAUCAAUAAAAGAUCUUUCAAUUUAUCGUUCAACGUUUUUUUUUUUUAAU